GUUUCUUCUGGCAAACACACAAACAAACAAACGACAAAACCCAAAAGAGAAGAAGAAGAAGGCACGAACAAGCGUGCUGUGUCCCCUUGUGUUGUCUGUCACUCACCCUCUUCAUUACCGCAGCAGCAGCACCACCACCACCACCACCAGCAACAGCAGCAGCCUGCCCCUGGAAGUUAGCCCUGCAUACAUCUUGGCAAGCGUGAUUUGUGUGUGAGAGAUCCUCACACACGGCUCACACACGCUCGCACACGUUCACGCACGCAUUGACACCACAGCAAACAACACCAAUACUCGCAACCAAGGAACGAACGCAUGAUGGUGAUCGGUAGGUGUGGGAGGAGUACAAGGAUGCUGAAGCAGCAGGCGCUGUUGGUUGCAGGGCUCUUGGUCGUGGCCGCCGCAGCUUUUGCAGGGCUGGGGGCCGCUCAAACAGUUGUCGUGACAACAACAACGACGACGACUGCCAUCAACGGAAGCACAAGCGGCGCUGCCAAUCAGACUUCGACGGUCGCGCCAAACACAACAACUGUGGACAACACCAACGCGACCACGGCAAACGCAACAACCAUCUCCACAUCAACAACAACACCAGUGCACGUGUCAACGACGACGCCUACGACAAAGGAGACAACCAACGGUCCUCCCGUCCUCUUCACCACAUCCUUCAACCAAACGGUGUCGUAUUGGUUCCUGCCGCCAGCGCUUCCGGGCUUGGCUCUUAACUUUGUCGGCUAUCGCUAUGUUGGGGUGUCCAUGUUUGUGGUUGGUGCUGCCGUCUCGGGCGGCGCCUUUUACACCUUUUCGCCACAGAUCUUCCCCAACACACCGUUUUGCUGCGGUGACAAGGGCUCCCUCGCUGGCCACAUCAUCGUCAGCCUCUUCGUUGGGCUCCUUGGCGGGCUGAUAGCGCUGUACGUAUUUCGGCUUGGCCUCUUCUUCAUUGGAAUGUCCUUUGGUCUCGCGCGGUAUGCUUGUGAGUGCGCAGUGAACCUCAACUCUGGCGCGUGCAUGUUUUCAUGA